CCUCGGUUUCUAUUCCAGUACGUCCCAUAUUAGUGGACAUAACGGCACGCUGACGACUCUGUUAGCUUUGAAACUAUUUAACUUUAUAUGAAGGAGGGUGUUUAAGGAAGUUGGUAAGAAUCACUUUAAUUGAGAACGACAGAAGCAGAGAAGAAAUGACACCGCCCGUCUGAACUGUGAUGAGGUGCAAAAACUAACGAUCCUUUAGCCAUCCAUCCAUGGUCGGAUAUAUCAGUGUACACAACACCAUAAGAUGACGGAAACACUACUUUAACCUGCACUUUAAACACAUCCUCUCCUUCAAUUCAGCUAUAUAAAGCACACACGAGCCAACACAGGUGAUUUAUUCAUUUUAAUUUGGAUAAGAAGCUGCGAAUCGUUCCAAAAUGGAAAGCAGCAGCUUCCACAGCCAGCUCCUCUCCGUCAUGGAUGUCCUGGCCAAGGCGGCUCUGACUGAGAUCGACCGGAGAGUGGAUGACAGCUGCGCGGUGCUCCGGCUGGAGGUGAGCCAGAGCCGGAGGGACAUCGACCUGCUGCGGAGGAAGUGUGAGGGGAUGGAGGCCGAGCUGAGGAGGACCAGGAUCAGAGCCCGGAGGAGAGUGUUCUAUCCUCCAGCAGCAGCAGACAGAUUAUCUCCUUUAGUCAGGGUGGUGCUGAACAAAGAGACCCAGAGAUCAGACUGGGACAGACAGAAUGAGGAAGAGGAUCAAACUCAACCCCAGCAGGUGUCGCAGUGUGCCGACAUGGAGCCUGCGACUGAAGCUGAACACAUACUGAUCAAAGUGGAGUGUGCAGAGGAGGACAUGUGGAAAAACCACUCAGCAGACAAAAUGAAAUCUGAAGGACAGCAUCCGUCAUGUUUCCAAGCGUCUCAGCCGGCCCACACUGAAGACUUUGUGGAGCCUCACCUCUCAGCUGAGAACCCAGCCGACUCUGGAUCUCAAAUGUCCCCAACAGGUGACUACGACACUUUCCAAGAUCAGCAGCCAAGUCCAAAUCAAAACGAGCUCAAGGUGAAAUAUGAGAGAGAGGAGGAAGAGGAGGAUGAGGAGGAGCAUGAGGACGCAGCUCCUCUUGAUUCCCCUGGAGGUUUUGCAACAGAUGAAGGUAGCGGACAGCUGUGGACGUCGAAUCAAUGGACAGAUGCUGCUGACCCGAGCUCUUCGUAUGCAGGGCAGCAGUUUCCCUCCAUUUUCCCGUCUCAGAGUGGGUUACAGUUGGAGGACAUGGUGUCCCAAAUUCAGGCGUUAGAGAAAUCACAGUCAGUCGCUGUUAGUGCAGCAAGAGUGAAAAGACGGGCCAGGACAUUUGGAUCUAAGAGACCACAACAAGAAGGACAUUCUUCAUCUCAGUUCAACUCUAUGGAUCACUGCUCCAUCUCACAGCUAUCUCAGCAUCCAUACCAAGACUCUAUGCCUCAUACAGGGCACCAUAAUGAGGAUCUGACAUCUCAUAAUCCAGCUCCCAGCUGUUCUGUGGGGCCCAGCCGAACCGGCUUGGUCCUGGCGAGGAGGAUGAGGACACCGUGGAGGUCUGCCCUCGGGGAGAAGAAGUUCAGCUGCACGUUCUGCCUCAAAUCGUUCUCAAAGCGCUGUCAGCUCAAAGAGCACCUGAGGAGUCACACUGGGGAGAGACCAUACAGCUGCAAGCUGUGCGGGAGGAGCUUUGCCAAACAGUGCAACCUCAUCAGACACGCGGUGGUGCACAGCGGAGAGAAGCCCCACGAGUGCUCGCUGUGCGGGAAGUGCUUCACCCAGCGAUCUAGUCUCAAGUCCCAUCAGAAGACCGCACACUGAGGUCACACAGAGGGGUCGUUUUACACGUCAGAGUCCUGCAUUAAGAAAAUAUAAACAUCAUGAAGCUCGGCACACAUUUUGUGAAUAAGAAAUGUUAUGACACUGAUGAAAUAAAGUAGUCUUAAAUUAUUAUUCCCUUAUUGAUGUAUAAGGGUCUUACCUGUGAGGCUGCUAGUUUAGCCCCUAACUAAUGAUACUUUGAAUUCUCACAUUUUUUCCUACAACAGGCAGCUAUAACUUUGUAUUUUGUCUUUUUUCACUAAGUUUUAAUGAACUGCAGUCCACAGAUGAGUAAUCCAUCACACUGUACCACAAUUUACAUUCAAUGUGUGACCUCACCUAUGACAGAAAUGUAGCUCUGUAAUUGAAUCUAAACCCUUGGACUCUGGAGGAAAGGUGCUACAUUUCUAAAGAUAGUAAGCGGUUUGAUACAUGGUCGGUAAGUCUGAACUCUUCGGAGUUGGUGAAACAUUUGAAACCACAUGUAUGAUCUGUUAAUUGUGUAUCUUCCUUUCUGCGUCAUGUGACCGUCGCUAUUUUUUAAAAUCUGCUUAAAAUAUCUUGUGUAUAUAAACGUUUUGAGUCAACAGUGUCACAGUGAUCUGGUAUUGAACUGUUACAGCAAACAAUACUGCACAUUAUACGACUCCUCCUUCAAUGACUGAUUAUUAAAGAAAUGAAGGUCAAUUUAAGCUUUAAGGAAAGAGAUGAUUAUGUUUAUUAGAAUCCCGACAGGUUGAGCAGGACUCUCUCACCCCGUCAGGAUUCUAUUUUGCAUAACUGCCUUCUUACUAUAUGGUAAAUGAUACUGCUUAUUACCUGGUGACCAACUAAAGAUACAAACAAGCCGAUUCUAAGUAUUGAUUUAAAGAUGAUUUAAGUGAUUUUAAAAUGAUUUUUUAUGCAGCUAAAAAAAGAUUCCCCUCAGAUUCUACGGUUGGUAGCACUUCCAAUGCAACAGUAUUCUGAUCAGCCUACCUGCAGGUUGAAUUAACAUUAAAUUAAGCUUUUUACAUCAUGUUAAAGUCUUAACAUUUGCCUGUUUUAUUGUAAUAAAUCACAUUAAACAUUA